CUAAAAUCCACGCGCCUAUCAGGAUCGUGUUGUGUGCUUCUUGCUGUGUGUGCGCGGAUCUGCCGAGAACGGACCGUGAAAGCCAUCAAUCAGCGACGCUCUGAUUCGACACUCGGCCGUGGCCGCCCUCACCUCCGGCAUCGGCGGGACAUUUCUGAGUCCUGCUUUGCCAUCAGCUAUUUGAGUGCCACGGUCUGCGCCUUUAGCAUACCAGACACUGCCCUUGCUUGUACUUCCCACACGUCUGCUGAGACUUCACCCUGCAUUUUGUACCAUUAUACCCUCAGAUACCCGCAAACGCACUCGUCCACUAUGCCGUCUGCUGUGAAACCCCCACAGACGCUGUACGACAAGGUCUUCGAGGACCACAUUGUCGAAGAGAAGGAGGAUGGCACAGUUCUUCUUUACAUUGACCGACAUCUUGUUCACGAAGUGACAUCACCACAAGCCUUUGAGGGCCUCCGAAAUGCCGACCGUAAAGUCCGGAGACCAGACUGUACGCUGGCCACAGUCGAUCACAACAUCCCUACCGCCUCGCGGAAAAAUCUCACAACAACCGAAAAAUUUAUCGAUGAGGCCGACUCGCGGACGCAGGUUAUGACCCUCGAGGACAAUGUCAAGGCCUUUGACCUUACAUACUUUGGUAUGGACGAUAAGAGGCAAGGUAUCGUGCACAUCAUUGGACCUGAACAGGGCUUCACUCUCCCGGGCACAACAGUAGUCUGCGGUGAUAGCCAUACUUCUACACAUGGCGCAUUCGGCGCUCUUGCGUUCGGUAUCGGUACCAGCGAAGUCGAGCAUGUCCUUGCCACACAGACUCUUCUCACAAAAAGAAGUAAGAACAUGAAGGUUCAGGUUGAUGGAGAGCUGGCUCCCGGUGUCAGUAGCAAAGACAUCAUCCUGCACGUCAUCGGCAUAAUUGGAACAGCUGGAGGAACCGGAGCAGUCAUCGAAUUCUGCGGUUCGGCCAUCCGCGCCCUCAGCAUGGAAGCCCGUAUGUCGAUUUGUAACAUGUCGAUUGAGGGUGGCGCACGCGCAGGCAUGGUCGCACCCGACCAGAUCACAAUCGACUACCUCAAGGGCCGUCCUUUGGCGCCCAAGGCCGACAGCCCCGAAUGGAAGAAGGCCUGCAACUACUGGCUUAGCCUGAAGUCUGACGAGGACGCCAAAUUCGACCAGGAGAUCUACAUCGACUCGAAGGACAUUGCGCCGACCGUCUCUUGGGGUACAUCACCCCAGGAUGUCAUCCCUAUCACCGGCGUAGUUCCCGGUCCUGACGAUUUUGACGACGACGUUAAGAAGGAGGCUUGCAAGCGCGCCCUGAAGUACAUGGGUCUGACUGCCGGUACGUCUAUGCAGGAUAUUCCGGUUGACAAGGUCUUCAUUGGUUCCUGCACAAACGCUCGCAUUGAGGAUCUGAGGGCCGCUGCCAGCGUUGUCGAGGGCAAGAAGGUUGCCUCCAACAUCAAGCACGCGAUGAUCGUCCCCGGCUCCGGUCUUGUCAAACGCAAGGCCGAGCAGGAGGGUCUCGACAAGAUAUUCAUCGAGGCUGGCUUCGACUGGAGAGAGGCUGGUUGCUCCAUGUGCUUGGGCAUGAACCCCGAUAUCCUUUCUCCUGGCGAGCGUUGCGCGUCCACAUCGAACCGAAACUUCGAGGGCCGUCAGGGAGCUGGUGGUCGUACUCACUUGAUGUCUCCCGUCAUGGCCGCCGCCGCCGCUAUCGUUGGCAACCUCGCGGAUGUUCGCAAGCUUGCGCCCUCAUCGUCCGCCGCCAAGGGCUCCCCCAAGGUCGAAGUUGCUCACAUCCAAGAUGUUGAGAGCGAUGAGGACCUUGACAAGAUCAUGGAUCUGCCCGAGCAGAACCAGCAAUCACAUACCUCAUCCACCUCAACCAAGGGCGCCAGCGUAGGCAUGCCUAAGUUCGAGACCCUCCGCGGCUACGCAGCGCCCAUGGACAUCGCCAACAUCGACACCGACGCCAUCAUCCCCAAGCAAUUCCUCAAGACCAUCAAGCGCUCCGGCCUUGGCACCGCCCUCUUCCACGCCUGGCGCUUCGAAGCUGGCAGCGACAAGGAAGACGCCUCGUUCGUGCUGAACCAGGAGCCGUACCGCAACGCCAAAAUUCUCGUCUGCACAGGCCCCAACUUCGGGUGCGGCAGCUCGCGUGAGCACGCGCCCUGGGCUCUGCUCGACUUCGGCAUCAAGUGCAUCAUCGCGCCCUCGUUCGGCGACAUCUUCUUCAACAACACCUUCAAGAACGGCAUGCUGCCGCUGCGCAUCACCGACAGCGCGGCCCUCGCGGCCAUUGCCGCAGAGGCAAAGGCUGGCAAGGAGAUCGAAGUCGACCUCGUUAACCAGGUCAUCCGCUCCGCCGAUGGAAAGGAGCUGAGCUCCUUCGACGUUGAGGAGUUCCGCAAGCACUGCCUUGUUAACGGGCUGGAUGACAUCGGUCUGACAAUGGCGUCUGAGGACGCGAUCCUCAAGCAUGAGCAGAAGCGCACGGCGGUCUGGCCGUGGCUGGAUGGCAGUGGCUAUCUUGCGAGGCAUCGCAAGGGCCCUGUCAAGGUGCAGGCUGCGAAGGUGCCGAAGACGAAUAGGGGCGAGGAGCUGAAGGAGCCGCUGGACUGGUAGAUGCGGAGUAAAAAGUUCUGGUGUUGAAAUAGUUAAUGGGCGGUGUCCUGCGCUUUACUCACGUAUAGUUAUGAUGAAUAUAUGAACGCGUAACGCGA